CAUAUCAGAAUCAUAUUAGCAUUGCCAAGAGUUCCAACUACUGUAUUAUAUCUUUCAGAAAUUCUUCUCAUCAUUUAGAUCAAAUUAAUCAUGGCUUUCAUCAGUUUGUCAACAAUCAUAUUUCCAUUUAUGGUUCUAGCUAUUUUGUCAGCAAAAAGUAGUGUAAUGAUUGUCGAGGCACGCAAACUUCUAGAGUCAGAGACGCCUCAACUUCCAAAUCUUGAUUUGCCACCUCUAUCAAAUCUUGAGUUUCCUACGGUUCCUGAAUUACCUAAGCCAGAAAUUCCUAAAAUACCUGAGUUACCAAAGUCCGAGCUGCCUAAGGUUCCUGAAUUACCUAAGUCAGAAAUUCCUAAAGUACCUGAGUUACCAAAGCCCGAGCUGUCUAAGGUUCCUGAAUUACCUAAGCUAGAAAUUCCUAAAGUACCUGAGUUACCAAAGCCCGAGCUGCCUAAGGUUCCUGAAUUACCUAAGCUAGAAAUUCCUAAAGUACCUGAGUUACCAAAGCCCAAGCUGCCUAAGGUUCCUGAAUUACCUAAGCCAGAAAUUCUUAAAGAACCUGAGUUACCAAAUCCCGAGCUGCCUAAGGUUCCUGAAUUAACUAAACCAGAAAUUCCUAAAGUACCUGAGUUACCAAAUCCCGAGCUGCCUAAGGUUCCUGAAUUAACUAAACCAGAAAUUCCUAAAAUACCAGAGUUACCAAAGCCCGAGCUGCCUAAGGUUCCUGAAUUAGCUAAACCAGAAAUUCCUAAAAUACCAGAGUUACCAAAGCCCGAGCUGCCUAAAGUACCUGAAUUACCUAAGCCAAAAAUUCUUAAAUUACCUGAAUUACCAAAACCCGAGCUACCUAAAUUCCCUGAAAUGCCUAAAGCUGUUCCAAUCGCUACUCCAUAAGUUUGAACAAACCUUUCCCUGCAUUGUCUCAAGCCAUAUAUUGUUUUCUACUAUAGUGUUUAGAUCAUGUUGAAUGAUGGGUGUGAUAUGAUUUUCUUGCAAAUUUUAAUUCUGUUUUAUAUAAGUAGACUAAAGUCAUAGGGGAGUGAUUGUUAUGGUUCACUUUGAGUUUUAGUAUAUUACAUAUUACUUUUAGUUUGAGUUUGUUUAAAUCGAUUGUAGUACUGCUUAUUGAUGGUGAUA